AUGUCGGAAGAUCGGGAGAGGAGCAAGAUCUCGCUGAGAAGCGGCAACAAGAGGAAAGGCCGCCCCCAGAUUAGUGCUCCGCGUCAGAUCUCGGAACCCAUUCUGCAAGAUGGAUCUGGUCCGGUGCGGCAGCCCGGCUCGAGGCCGAUGGCCGACGCUGGUCCUCCUCCGGCGCAGCCGCGACCUCGUCCCCCGCCGCAGGCUGGCGGCUCAAAGACCUCCGACUUGGUGAAGCGACGAUACUCUACGAGAUUUAACAACCUCCCGAAUGACUUCGACGUGCAUAACCCCCCGGUGCCGGCGAUGCCAUCCCUAGACAAGUACGAAACCCGCCAGCGAAUGGCGCGACCACCCCCCAGCCGAGGGGGCGAUACGGCUCCCGCUCCUAUUGUCGACGUCAAGGCCCUACGUGACCCUAAUCUGGCUCCCGAUCAAUAUGUCGCCAGGUUGCUCAGCGAAGCCUCCGAGGACCAAAUCCGCGAGUUCGAAGACAACCUCCGAGGUCUCAAGAGUCGAGCCGGCGCAGACCUCCAACAAAAUGUCAUGCAAAAUCGCACCCAGUUCAUCAAAAUCAGCAAGGAAGCCGAAAAGCUCAAGGGCGAGAUGCGAGCGCUGAAGAACCUCAUGACAGACCUCAAGGUUAACACAACAGCGCUGCGCCAAGCAUCCAGCAACAAUAAUAAUAGUAAUAACGAGUCGUCGGGCCUCAACGGCGAGCUUUCCACGGGUUUGAGCAAGAGAGACAAACGCAGCUCUGUCGCAGACCGAAGUGCGCUUUGGAACUCACAGAUGCAGGCGCUUUACAAGAACGUUGAGGGAUCGCAAAAGUUUUUGCCCAACUCUUCCACUCGUCACGUCAUCCAGAAUGCUGGAGCUUGGAUCGAGCUGGACAACGCAACCUACAAGUCUCGUCGCGCGAUGCAGAUUUUCCUCCUCAACGACCACCUGCUGAUUGCUAGUCGCAAGAAGAGAAAGGCAGAUGUGCCUCCUCGUGAGGCAACUGGCCCACUUGUGAAGCUCGUGGCCGAUAGGUGUUGGCCCCUGCUAGACGUUGAAGUGGUGGACAUGGCGGGUUCGAGUGAUUCUUCGACCACUCGCAACAAGCUAGCAGAUGCCAUCAUGGUCAGGGGUGUUGGUCAAGAGUCGGUCAUUUACCGGACAGAGAAGCCUGAGGACACGGAGAAGAACGGUCUACUCCUGAACAUCCGCAAGGCAGUGGAGAACCUGCGAAAGGAGCGACAAUCAGAAUUGGAGGCCAACAACAAAGCCAAGGAGACGAUCAACUAUUUCGCAUCUCGAGACCCCGGUUUGCUCCAGAAGACGGAGCUGUUGGAGACACUCUCCGAUAUCAAGGACAUGCUCAUCGACGUGGACGGAAAGCAGCAAAACCUCCGGUGGGUUGAAAGCCAAAUGGACGAGCUGGAUAUCGAUAUUGCACUGCAGAACUUUGAGCCUGCUGUAAGCCGUGUCGAGAAGCUCAAGAGCCUCGCUCGAAGCCUGAAGAACAACACGGUGGCGCAGGACUUCAUCAGCUUCAAGGUUGAAGAGCGAUGCUCCAAGCUGGCGGGCAUGAUCAUUCGCGAACUGGAAACAACGCACAAUGCUCCGACGAAGAACAAGCGCAACGUUACCUGGCUGGCCAGGCUAGGGUACGAGGACCGCGCUCGUGAGGCCUAUCUGGUAGCCAGGCACGAGACCAUCCAGAAACGAAUCAGACAAACGAUAUUCCAAGGAGACUUGCAUCAAUACAUUUGGGAGGUCUCGUUCGUCUACUUUUCGCUCAUCCGCAAUACGGUGAGCUGCUUCCACUCAUGCUUCCCACCGCCUAUGAUGAGUGCCUGUGUCAAGUGGGCCAAGGAAGAGGUUGAGUCGUUCAACGCCAUCCUCGGAAGGCAACUCAGCAGCACAGAGCGGGGCGGGGAGGCGUGGAACCAGUGCAUGGAACGAGCACAGGAGCAUGCCAAGAUGCUCAGCGAAGUGCAGCUCGACUUCCGCAACCUGGUUGGCAAAGAUUUGGUAGACCACGCGUCUGGGGUGGCUAGUCCCGUCGGGCUCGGUUUGUCCUAA